AUGGAGAAAUUUGGGGUUUUCAAUGAAGACUGGAAGUGGCUGCUAUUGGAGAGCCUUUGUUGCUCUGUUGCAGCGAACAAGACAACUUCUGGUUUUAGUGGAUUUAUAAGACGAAAUUGGCCGAAUGUUUGUUAUGCGUUUGGAAGACUGGGUAACCUAUUGUGUUUCUCGAUGAUUCAGUGGAAGGAUUGUCUUCUUCACGGAUGUAAAUCGGUUUUCGAUUUGGGCACAGCGGCUCUGUUCAUCAUUAUAUGGAGUUGUUUUCUUAGUUUGACAUCAAUGUCGUGCCUCUUAUAUAUUCUUCUGAGUAUGGUAAGAUUACCAACUUUCCCCUACAAAACUUCAAAUUCUUCGUUCAUUGCCCUGAAAGUCGCUAAUCGUUUUCCUUUUUUCCAGUUUGAAGAACCAAAAGUUCCAGAGUCGUUUCUUGAAGAUGACAUUACAGAGAUCAAGUUCUGUGUUAAUGGUGAGGAAGAUGAACAUGAACAGGUCAACUCGUGUAAAUCUUAA